UUUGUUCUGUCGCCCUGAAUUGAUGACGUCAACAAGAUGGCGGAAACCAGGUGACUUUUCGCGGCCACGUACAAGAAUUCUUCUUCGGACGACUUUUUCUCAUCUUUCCUGACAGAAACUUCAAGUUUAGACACGUCUGACAGGAAGAUAAACUUACCGGGGACUGAGCUGAACCAUGGCGGGCGACAUAACCGAGACGGGAUCGUUGUAUUCACCCUUUAUGGGUCUGAUCUACAUCUUUAACUUGAUAGUAGGGACAGGAGCCCUCACCAUGCCUAAAGCCUUCGGUGCUGCUGGCUGGCUGAUCAGUCUGGUACUCAUCAUACUACUGGGCUUCUUCAGCUUCAUGACCACAACAUUUGUUGUGGAGACCAUGUCGGUGGCGAACGCCCGUCUGCGCUGGAAGACACGAGAGAAACAGAACGAGGUACACAAAGCCACCUUUGAGGAAAAGUUGCAUGCCGCCUUUGCGAACAACCACAAAAAAAGGGUGCAUGGGCCGCCAUACUCGUAUUAUGAAAGAAUGAAGAAGGAUGAUGCACACACUGAAGAUGUGAUAGAAGAUGAAGAAGAGAAUCAGUCAGAAGAGGAGAGAAGAGCACUUCUAGCUCCUGUCAAUGAUCCCAAAAGAAGAAGAGUCGACCUGUAUGACAUCACAGAAAGGGUGGAGAUGGGCCAAAUGGCAUCCAUGUUCUUCAACAAAAUUGGCUGGUACCUGUUCUACCUGUGCAUUGUUAUCUACCUGUACGGAGACCUGGCCAUCUAUGCUGCCGCUGUGCCCAAGUCACUCAGGGAUAUCACAUGCCCAGUGAACAUCACCUGUAACAUUAAGCCAUCCAAGCAGAUCAACCUGACCAACUCUUCACCAUGCUGGGGGACUGCUGUCAACAGGCAGAAUGCUUACAGGGUGUAUCUGGGUGCCUUCUCCUUGCUACUCGGGCCGUUUGUGUUCUUCAACGUGCAGAAAACCAAGUACCUACAACUUCUCACAUCUCUCAUGCGAUGGGUUGCGUUCACGAUAAUGAUCAUCUUGGCGAUGACCCGUAUAACCCACGGCAAGGGCGAGGGCCAUCCCAAGAUGGAGUCCAUCACCAGCGUGCCCAACCUCUUUGGUGUGUGCGUCUACUCCUUCAUGUGCCAGCACUCCCUGCCUUCGCUCGUCACUCCAAUCAAGAACAAGCGCCACCUAUCGCUUCUCGUCUUCUUCGACUUUCUCGUAAUCCUCGUCUUCUACUUGGUGUUGUCGUUCACCGGCAUCUUCUGCUUCAACAACAAGGACAUCAAGGACAUCUAUACCCUCAACUUCAUGGACAAGUGCGAUCCGAUCACGAGCGCGAAGGAGAUCAGUUACUUCCUCGGACUGUUCCCGGUGUUCACGCUGAGCACGAACUUUCCCAUCAUCGCGAUCACGUUGCGGAAUAAUCUCAAAACAUUGUUCCACAGGGACGGGUACACUUAUCCAUGGAUCAUCGAUAGAAUAUUCUUCCCGCUUCUCACCAUAGUCCCGCCGAUAGCGGUCGCUUUUGGCACCGACGAUCUCGAAUUCUUGGUAGGGGUAACGGGAUCGUACGCGGGGGCGGGAAUACAGUAUCUUGUGCCGGCGUUCCUUGUUUAUUCGGCGAGAAAAGAGCAGAGAAUACUGUUUGGGCCGGGCUCUAUAAACAAGCACACGUCGCCGUUUAGACAUACAUUUUGGGUGUAUUUCGUUUGGAUCUGGGGAACGCUGUCUAUUAUUUUUGUUACUGUCAAUCAUAUUUUGACAAAGAGCUAGAAUGAGACGUCUUGCCAUGACA